AUGCCGUUCUACCUACAGGCUGCCAAAGGCCUGUCUCCGAGCAUAGCUGGAUUAUACAUGCUCGCGCUGGGGGGACCAGAGACGCUGGCAACCAUCGCUUCAGGAGCGUUGAUUACGUACACGAAGCACUACGUUCCAAUGCUGGUGCUAGGUGGAGCGGUGUUCUCUCUUGGCAGCGGACUCCUGUCGACCCUCACCACCGGUAGCAACGCUGGACAAAUCAUAGGGUACGAAGUUUUGACCAGUAUUGGUCUCGGUUUCGGCGGUCAGGUUCCGCUCACUGCCUUACGGAACGUCCUUUGCGAGGCAGAUAUACCGAUUGCAAAUGGCUUGAAUGGUUUCUCGCAAAGCUUGGGCGUUGUGCUAGGGGCACCCAUCGCCCAAUCGGUCUUCAUGAACACACUGACCAGCCAUCUGGGAUCGCAGCUCCAACCCGGAAAUGUUACCAAAAUCACCGACCUGGGAGCGUCAAAUAUCAACCCUUCACAUAUUGACCCGCAGCUUCUACCGUUCGUUGCGCAAGCUUAUCGGGACGCCUCAACUACGUCCCUGUACGUGGCUGUGGCAUCUGCUGCAAUGGCCGGUGCAGCCGGGCUUUUCAUGGAGUGGAAGAAACUUAAGACUAAGGAAGAAGGAGAUAGUUAA